AUGGGACAGUGUCCCAGUGGCGUGCUGUUUAAAGAUAAUUGUUACACACUGCAUACUACAUACACUACGUUUAAUAAUGCACACAAGAAUUGUCAAAAUGAUGGUGGAAUUUUAGCCAAAAUUGAUAAUCAAGAAACCAUAACAUUUCUGCUUAACACAUUUCCAGGAAUUGCGAAUACUUGGAUAGGAAUACACGAUAUGAACAGGGAUGGGGUUUAUGUAAACAUGCUAAAUGACAUACAGACUUUCCUUCCCUGGCAGACUGUGCCUCAUAUCACCUGGCAGUGGGACUGUGUUUAUCUUUACGUCUACGGGAAAAUUCAGGGUGAAACAUGCACAGCGCUUUACCAGUAUUUUUGCUCGAAGGCAACUCCACAAGGAUCAACAAGUGCUAUAGACCCAACCACAGAAAGUAUAACAGACUCAAUUACAACAUAUACUACAAAUCCGAUCACAACAAGUGAUACAAACCCGAUAAUAGCAAGUACCACAAACCCAAUAGUACCAGGUUCUACAAACACGAUAGUAGCAGGUGCUACAAAUACGAUAGCAACGAAUGCUACAAACCCGAUAACAACAAGUGCUACGGACGAAAAUAUAACAAGUGCUACAGACCAAAAUAUAAUAAGUGCUACAGACCCGAUCACAACAAGUGCUGAAGACGAAAACAGUGCUACAAAUGCGAUCACGGCAGGUGCUACAAACCCAAUCACAACAGCUGCUACAAACCUAAUUUCAACAAGUGCUUCAAAUCCAAUAACAACAAGUGCUACAAACCCACUUACAACAAGGGCUACUAACGAAAAUACAAGUGCUACAAAUAUCUUCACAGCAGGUUCAACGAACCCAAUAACAAACGCUGCUACAAACCUAAUUACAACAAGUGCUACAGAUCCAAUUACAACAAGUGUUACAGAUCCAAUUACAAGUGCUACAGAUCCAAUUACAACAAGUGCUUCAGAUCCAAUUACAACAAAUGCUACUGACGAAAAUACAAGUGCUACAAAUGCGAUCACAGCAGGUGCUACAAAUCCAAUUACAACAAGUGCUUCAAAUUACAGCAUCUCUUAUGAAAGUUGCCAAUGUCCUUGCCCUGGGACUGUGUAUUUGAAUAAUACAGAAGUAUUGAAGAUAAAAAUACAAAUACUAAAAAAACAACUUGAAGUGAACAUUGUUGAACUUUCCAGUUAUAUCCGGAAGAAAAAUUCUGCCCCGGACAACCGAAUUUCCUCCAUAUUCAUUGGAAGUGUAUUUGGUGUUCUUUUCAUUAUUUCUGUUAGUUUGGUAAUCAUAUUGAGUGACUUACCAUUACUUAUUCAACAAAUAAGAAAUGGACCCUGAAAUAUAUGUAACCACUGAUUGGCAAGCUGAUAAAAACUAUACAUAGAUAUAACAAAUGGUGAUAAAAUAUUUUGCAUUGUCUUGUCUGAUCAUGAUG